AUGGCAUUGAAUCGAACCCAUGAGUGGGAGAAAAACUUUCCUGGCACGGGGAUGCCAGCCAAAUCAAAGGUUGAUAGAAAGAGAGGGAGAUAUUGGCCUCUAAAUCUGAAGUCAGCCACCUCAAAUUUGGAGGCUGGCAAGGUCGUCUCGCUCACUGUUGUUGGCCUGAGAGAGAGAGAGAGAGGUGAGGAUGAGAGAGCCGACGAGAAGAGGGAGACGAAGCCAACAACGAUGGAGCAUGAAGGAGGGAUAGGGACGCAGAGGAUGAAUGAUGGCAGUGUGGACUUUGUCGCCGACGUUGGUGGAUGUGGCGCGGAGCAGCGGUCUGGAAGAGAAGACUUAGAUGUUUGUCUGUCGAUUUUUUAUUCUGGCUGUCAAAAGCUCAUUGGAUCGGGAUACUUAGGUCGAUUACUUACCUGGCAUCCCCGUGCCAGGAAAGUUUUUCUCCAUGAGUGGGGCACAAGCAACAAAUAUAUAUCGUUCAGUGUCACAGAAAUCUUUGUACCGAAAGCUUAA